AUGUAUCUAACAUCAUGUACACUAGAUUUAUCACUAUUGCACUUGCGUGUGCCUUCUUAUGAUGAAAGGGUUCAGAUAUCGGAUCAUAUACACCAGUUGAGACUCGCAAUCUCUAAUUGCAACCCUCAUUCAACCCUUGAAUCUCUCAUCAUCAUCAUCCAAUCUUCACGCACAAUCAUGCCAUUGCUCAAUCAUCUUUCCUCCUUUUCGCGCUCAUAUAACCUUAACACCGGUCCGCAACCUACAUUGUCCGCUCCGACUCCAGGUCGAGUAUCACAAACACACAAAGACAAAGCAAACUCAAAACUUAAAACUCAGCCCCAACCCCUACCUCAGCUUACGUCUUUGCCGUUACUUCCACCACACUUUGUCAGACUACAAUCCAUCAAAUCCCGCCCAGUCGGCUAUCGGCAUCUACACACCCAAGUAUCCCCACCCAACCCGCCUAAACCCAUGAGCCGAUCACUGAUCAAAUAAAUAACCACACCGCAAUAAACUCCAAACCUCCAAGCCCCCAUGUCAUGUAGCGGGACCUCCGUAUUUUCAAAAAAGUUAUGCAAGAACCCUUGUUUUGUUUACCCAUGCAUACAUCAACUUUGAAUUCGAAUUCCGAGCACAGUACUCCGUGGUCACCAUGUAAUCACUCUCAGACACUUUCUUUCUACAUACCAUACUCCGUACUAAAAUCUAAAAAUGCCGAAAUGCGUACCAUCUGUUAAAAGCAAAAAGUAAAAAUGAGAAAUGACAUAAGAGGCGUUGUAACCUUAAUACCCAUCCGUAUCCACACCUUCAAACUCGAUAAACCUAUCUAUUCCCAUCCACAUCUUCCAUCAUCCAUUAUAUCCAU